AUGGUCAAGUUAUUUCUUUUGAGGGAAAAGUCAAAGAGCUCUCAGCCUGACCAGGUCAAGCUGCUGGCCAGCGUGGUGCACGAGCGCCCCUUCCUGUCGCCCGGGGUGCAGCCUGUGCGAGGGCGGGUGCGGGCCACCCUCUUCCUGCCCCCGGGGGAGCUGGCCUCUGUCCCCUUUCUCUGUUCAGUCUGCUCUGACACAUCUCCUUUUUCUUACUCUCCUAAUCUGCUGGCUGGGAAGGGCUUUGCUGUGAUGCCUCUGGCUUUUUAUAACUGCGAUGACCUCUCCCAGGACAUAGAGAUGCUACACUUGGAAUACUUUGAAGAAGCCGUGAACUACUUGCUCAAGCACCCCCAGGUUGUCUGCCCAGGAAUUGGGCUGCUUGGGAUUUCCAAAGGUGGUGAGCUCUGCGUCUCCAUAGCCUCUUUCCUGAAGGGCAUCACAGCUGCUGUCAUCAUCAAUGGCUCCAUCGCCAAUGUUGACAUCACCUUGAGGUACAAGGAUGUGACCCUGCCCCCUCUGGGCAAAAACCUGAAGCGAGUCACAGUGUCCAAAGAUGGCAUCAAAGAUAUUGUGGAUGUUCUGAACGAUCCUUUGGAAGGACCUGACCAGAAGAGCUUAAUUCCUGUGGAAAGGUCUGACACCACCUUCAGGAUGACCACAACUGGCAGAGAGUUCUAUGCUAAUGUGGCCUCUAAGUGCUUACAGGCCCAUGGGAAGAAAAAGCCCCAGAUCAUCUGUUACCCAGAAAUAGGCCACUUUAUUGAGCUCCCCUUCUUUCCUCUGUGCCCAGCUUCUCCACACCCCACAGUGAGUAGCCUUGUCUUCUGGGGAGGGGAGCCCAGGUCUCAUGCCGUGGCCCAGGUGGAUACAUGGAAACAACUCCAGAGUUUCUUCCACAGACACCUGGGUGGUAACGAGGGGACCAUACAAACAAAACUAUCAUUUUUAUUUGAUUGUGUGGCAUCUGAUGCUGAUCUCUACUGGGAAUAG